AUGCUGGGCUCGCAGGCCAGCGCGGCCAGGCUGGUGUCGGACACUUACUUGGCGAAGCUCCUGGAAGGGCUCAGCAGCCUUCGCUCGCAGAGCGCGCUGUGCGACGUGACGCUGGAGGCAGAAGGGGUUUGCUUUCCAGCCCACAAGAUCAUUUUAGCGUCGGCAAGCAAUUACUGCAAGGUUCUGUUUGUUGGGAACUUGCAAAGAGCGGGGAGCCUGGAUGGUAACAUCCGGCUGAAAGCCGUCAGCGCUGCCGGGCUGAGGAACGUUCUCGACUUCAUUUACUCCAACGAACUCGACCUCUCGUUGCAGAAUAUCGAGGAGACCUUCAAAGCCGCAGAAACUCUCCUGGUUCGGGAGGUGAUCAAGCUGUGCUUUCGCUUUCUGGAGGGCUGCUUGAACUGUGAGAACUGCAUGGACGUUCUCAACAUCGCUAAGAAACUCGGCCCAGCAGAGCUGACACAGAAAGCCAUGUGCUACGUGGGCCAGCAUUGCAAACACAUCCUGAGGGAUCCUCGGUGCUUGAACGACCUGGACCGAGGAACCCUCUGUGACAUUUUAGACAGGUCCGACAGUGAGGGCUGCAGCGAGCUGGAGCUGUUCAGAGCCGCCGUAAGCUGGCUGCAGCACGACCACUCGCGGCUGAAAGACGCGGCCGAGAUUUUAAGGCGCGUAAGGUUCCCUCUCAUUCCUUUGCAGGAUCUGCAAAGAUACGUCCAGGAAACGCCGCUUAUGCGGCUGGAUUCAGGUUGCCACAGGUACCUGCAGGAGGCUCUGAAUUACCACUCCCAGCUCUACGCUCAGCCGGUCCUGCAGACCCCAAGCACCAGCGUCCGCUCCGGCUCCACCGCGCUGCUCGUCGCCGGCGGCAGAAGCACCGACAACCGCGUGAGCGGCGAGAUGUGGGCCGCGGACCCGAGCUGCGGCGCCUGGCGCAAGGUCGGGGACCUCUGCGUGCCCGUGUACAACCACUGCGUCGCCGUCAUCAACGACUUCCUCUUCGUCAUCGGGGGCCAGUGCAAAUUCGACCCCACGGGAAAGCAGCCGUCAAAUGAGGUUUUCCGAUUCGAUCCCCGCAACGCCUCCUGGCUCCGGGUGGCCAGCAUGCAGGAGAGGCGGACGCGCUUCCACGCGGGUGUCCUGUCUGACCGCAUCCUGGCCGUGGGCGGUGGGACGCUGCUGGGGACCCUGACCCGCACCGUGGAGCUGUACCAGCCUGCUGACAACAAGUGGGAGUUCACAGCUCCUCUCCCCACGCCGAUUGCUGAUCACGCAGGCACCACCCACAAGGGAAUCCUCUAUAUCUCAGGGGGCUUCUCUGGGGGUCAAACCCUACGAGACACAUACAGCUACCUCCCUCGCCUCCGGCGCUGGGUCAGCAACAGCGCCAUGGCUUUUACCCGCUGCGACCACGGGAUGGCCACAGCCAGGGACGGGAUCUUCUGCAUUGGAGGAAGGACGCUAAAAGGAGCGGAGGAAUGGAUUCAAGUCAACGAGACAGAGCAUUACUGUCCUGUAAGCAACCAGUGGACAACGCUGACGCUAUCCCCGUUCAGCUGCUGCCAGUUCAGCAUCACAGCCCACGAGUCCACGCUCUACCUCUCUGGAGGCGCAUCGCUGCAGCACAUGCAGAAAGAAGACAGCGUUUUCCUGUACGACACGGAGGGGCAGGUAUGGAAGAAAGGCAGCCCCCUGCCUAAAGCUCUGGUGGAUCACGCCUCUUGCAUGAUUAAACUGUCCCAAGUGAACGCAGCUGGUGAGACGGGGAGAGGCACAAACUGCUCCCCCCUGGGAAGGAGGAAGACAUCGACCCUCAGCUUCUUCAUCGCAAACAAACAAGAGUCCCCCUCUGCCUCCGAAAAGAAGUAG